AUGCAGUCCGAUAAACAUUGGAAGGCACUGUGCGCGGCGCGUAAACAGCAGCAGCUAAACGCGAUCCCAAAUGCAUGGACAAUCAAUCCUCCACCAGACCAGCGCCGCAACGUGCUUGACGUCCCCAGAACCUGCGGCCUGCUAACCCCGCGCGAACUCGAGAUCACUGAUACGGUCGACGUCGACACCAUUCUCGUGAAGCUUCGCACAUGCCAGUGGACCUCGGUCGAGGUCACCACCGCGUUUUACAAGCGUGCCAUCAUCGCACAACAACUCACCAACUGCUUAACCGAGAUUUUUGUUGACCGAGCGCUCGCUCGUGCACAAGAAGUCGACGACUAUCUCAAGACCCACGGAAAGCCCAUCGGUCCCUUGCACGGCUUGCCAAUCUCGCUUAAGGACCAAUUCUGCCUCAAAGGCAUGGAGACCAUCAUGGGCUAUGCAGGCUGGAUAGGUCGCAUCUCCCAGUUCGACAGCGUCCUGGUCGAGAUCCUCUACGACUGCGGCGCCGUCCCUUUCGUGCGCACAAACGUCCCACAAACGCUCCAAUGGGGCGAGACCUUUAACCACGUCUUCGGCCGGACGACCAACCCCUACAACCGCUACAUGACCCCUGGCGGCUCCUCGGGCGGCGAAGGCGCGCUCCUCGCAAUGCGAGGCAGUCCUCUAGGCGUAGGCACCGACAUCGGCGGGUCUCUCCGUAUCCCGAGCGCGUUCUGCGGCCUGUACACCAUCCGCCCGUCGUAUGAGCGCCUGCCGUACUGUAAUGCCGUGAACUCCCAAGAGGGCCAGGAGAGCGUCUCGUCCGUGCUCGGCCCAAUGGCCAACUCCCUCUCCGGCGUCAAGAUAUUCGUCAAAGCUAUCAUCGACGCCCGCCCGUGGCGCAAAGACCCCCUCUGCAUUCGCAAGGAAUGGUCAGAGCGUGAAUACGCGCUGGGCGACCACGGCGGGCGCGGAGCCAAGAUGUGUUUUGCGCUCAUGUGGGACAACGGGGUCAUUAAGCCGCAUCCCCCGCUCUUUCGCGCGCUCGACAUGACCAAGAAGGCGUUAGAGGCAGCGGGGCAUACCGUGAUUGACUGGGAAAACCACCGGCACCUGGAGAUCUACAGGAACGGCGUGAGCAUCCUCAACGCGGACGACGGCCACGACUACCACACCGAUUGCGCGCUCUCCGGCGAGCCGCUCAUCCAGACGAUGAGCCAGACGACGGACGCGCAUAAGUACGCGCUCGACGAGCCCCUGGCAAAGUCAAUCCUGGGCGAGACCAGGCAUCUCUCCGCGUAUGAGCUAUGGCAGCUACACAGGGAGAAACGUGCGCUCCGCAAAUCCCAUCUCGACCAUUGGGAGGCCACGGUGUCGCGCACGGGGACGGGGCGGCCGAUUGACGCGAUCAUAAGCCCGGCCGUUGGUUACCCCGCAUGUCCCCACGGCUGUAACUCAGACGACUUCUACACAGCCUUGUGCAACUACCUCGACUACACCGCGUCCGUCUUCUCCGUUACCGCCGUCGAUAAGACUGUGGACCAUCCUGCGCCUCCGCACGAGUUCAGGAACCACGAGGACGAAGCGGUGUAUAAGAUGUACGACCCGGAGCUGUUUGACGGCCUGCCGAUUGGCCUGCAGCUUAUCGGCCGGACCCAAGAGGAAGAGGGCGUGAUAGCUAUGACGGAGGUAGUAGUCGAGGCGCUGGAAGCAUGCAAGAGAAAAUAAGAAGUCACCUCACUAUCGAGUGCAUCACUUCGUACCGGCAGCAGUAAUACUGCCAGCUUGGAUGGUGACGACACACUCUCGUUCAGCCUUCCAGGUACAGUGAGGUCAUCAGGAUACAUGCUGCGGCGCCCUCGGUGUAUCGACAUUCCCAGUCUCUACCGUAGGAUGUAUGUAUAUAUGACAGGCUCUAGACUGCACGAUCCGAAUGAAUCUGUAUCAUCACAUUGCCCACUAUCACAUUGCC